GUCUUAUAGCAAUCGGCCUGCUGGGUAACAUCGCGAAGCUUCGCCACGCUACGUAUGGGCAAAAUCCCCACAUUCGAACUUUCUGCCCAGUACUGCCCAUUGGGUAGAGUCAUGAAAGCUUGAUUGGGACAAAGAAAAGGGUGGUCAGACUAAUGCGCCGCGCCUUGACGUAGGCACCCGAACCGGUGGAGCUUUGAAUUGCCCGGGAAAACCUUCUGUAUUUAGUGCGGAGGUGGCGGCGCAGCGUUACAUAUUCUGAUGCCACCCGACAGGCCCCACGACCUUCUCCCCUAAUCCCGCGCUUUCUCAAACACCAAUCCCAGAGAAUGGCACCAACUUCUGCAACAGCUGUCAUUGCUACCCAGAACGGAGAGCGCAAAGAUUCCGACAAUGGAAAAUCCACGACUUCAUCGGCGACGCACUCCAAGGCCGCCAUUGAAGCCAUUUCGCAGGGUGUGACUUUGCCGGGAAUCCCAACCUUCACCAGCCUCGACAAAAAGCGCCGUUGGAUGCUCGAACAUAUGGCGGGUGCCUUCCGCGUUUUCGCCCGCAAAGGAUUCACCGAAGGCAUGAGCGGUCACAUCUCUCUUCGCGACCCGGAGCAUCCCGACUGUUUCUGGACAAACCCACUUGGUAUCCAUUUCGGCCUCAUGACCGCCUCAGACCUGAUCCUCCUCGACCACACCGGAAAACCUGUAGGCGGCAACAUGUCCCGCCCUGCGAACGCAGCAGGCUUCCAAAUCCACAGUGUCAUUCAUCGCAAGUAUCCCCAUGUCAAUGCCGCCUGUCAUACACACUCGGUAAACGGGAAAUCAUGGUCUACGUUUGCACGGCCCUUGGAUAUGAUCAACCAAGACGUCACCAUGUUUUACGGCAAGGCGCAAAGAGUGUACGGAGAGUUCGGAGGUGUCGUGCUGGAAGAGGAAGAGGGCGAGCGGCUGGGCGGGACGCUUGGAAAUGAGGGGAAACUGCUGAUCCUACGGAACCACGGACUUUUGACUGUCGGUGAGACGGUCGAUGAGGCAGCAUAUCUCUUUACGCUUGCUGAAAAGAGCUGCGAAAUCCAACUCAAGGCUGAUGCGGCGGCGGCAUCGGGGAUUCCAAAGGUGCUUAUCGAUGACAAGGCAGCGGAAUACACAUUCAAAAUGACCAGUGAUCCAGAAGCGUUGUACUGCGAAUUCCAGAACGACUACGAGUAUGAGAAAGCCAUUUCCGGAGGGGACUUCCUCCGUUAA